AUGACGGAACCUGCAAGAGCUAGAGAGGGUAAAAACCCCUCCAACGAAGCCGAAGAGCCGCGUCGGGUACCUAGUUCAGGCCAUCCGAAGGCAAAAGAAGAGCAGGAAAGUUCGUCUUGUGGAGGGACUACGUCAGCAGAGAGCCCACGGGAAGCGACUCUCGGAGAGUACAAUCUGGGGGCAUGCAGCGGGAUGCCUGCCGAUGGAUGGGCAGAGGCUUUGAGUGUUGCUAUCCCUAUGGAGGUGUGCGACGUCGAGAAAUCUGAUGAGCAGAAAAAGGAAGCUGACACCGGUGGCCACUCCUGGUUGCCCUCGGCUGACUCUAUGCUUGCACACAGCAGUUCACACCGAGCUCCUGUAAAUGGGAAGCUUUGUAGGAGUACAAGCUCUACAUCAGGCUGUUAUCCAAGCGAGCCUGGACCUAAGAGCAUGGCUCGUAGGGCUGCAGCAGCUGCCGUAGCUGCAAAUAGCUGCCGCGGCGAUGAUCCCACCCCGUCACGGCUACCCCACCGGUCUGGCCUAGACCGCACAGCGAAAGGAGUAGCUGCUGGAUACAAACAAGCAAGCAGCACAUGCGGCAUUAGCACAAAGCAUGAAGGAGAGGGUGGCCGGGAACUCAGAGACACUGAUCUUACUACGGAGGAGUCUGAUGAAACCAGUGGUAGUGUCCAUUCCUUCAAAGAUGGUGAUGAGACUUAUGAACGGCUCAGAAAGAGCCGUGCAGAACGGCGGAAAUCUACAGAUCAAGAUACCGAUGAGGGUCCAGGUUCAAAUGAGGAAUCUUAUGGGACACAGCUGGAAACCCCAUCGAGGGGACUGGGGAAACGUUCUAUAAAGCGGCCUGCUCGCUAUGAAGACUGGCUUGCUGAAAAUGAAGACGAGCAUGCAAGUCCAGCCGUCCCGCCAGCCAGGAUGCCGCACCAGAAGAGGUGCCGCGGAGGAACUUUUCCCGUUCCAAGGGUUGUCAAACGCAAGGAAGAACCUGUUGAGACUUGCCCAGCUACGUCUGAAACGCCGGUGCCACGCCCUAAUGCUAGGGGAAGCGCCAUAACUACACGGAAGAGGAGGCUGAUGCCAUGGCUUGACAUGGCAGCCGUUGAAGCGGUUGCUGCAAAUUGUGUUGCUAAGCCGCUUCCCGAUAGCGACCGCGCGAUAGCGACAGGGGUGGCUGCCGCUGCUGCUGCUGCUGCUGCAGUAGCAGCGACUACGGCGGUAACCUUCACGCCCGUCUCCGCUAGAGUCCUCUCAGGUAGAGGAGCCUCUGCCUCUGAUGGAAUCCAAGGUAUUUUCGACAGAGCACUGAAUACUCUCAGGCGCAUCCCACAGAGCGAAGGGCAGCCGUCAUCCGAGACAGCUCCAAGCAGUGCAGCACCUACAAGUCAUGGGCAAAAACGUGCUACGUGCGAGGUGACUAGCUUUCAUGAAUCUCAUAUUGACAAUACAGCGAGCUCUGCUGUGCACGCUGAUUGGGAUGCGCAUUCAUCUUGUGGAAGCCACCCUAGAUGGCAACAACAACUGUACAGGCAUCCGUCUCAGCCUACUACUACUACUGCAAUGCGGUACCCCACCCUCGCGAGUGAGCUAGAGGAGGUAGCAGAACAAGCAGCAAGAGAAGCAGCAUGCUUCCAAGCUUCUGCAGGAAUCGGGAGAUCCUCCCUUAUAGAAUCUGGUUCAGUAGAACCAGACACAGUGCGGAGGUUUUUGCUCUGGCAUGGAAGGAAACCCCCUCAACCUGCUGCAAGAGCUCCUCCUCAGAGGGCUGAGCAACAGCUACAGCUGAUUAAGGAGCAGCUGCUGGAACAGCAUAGGCUUCUCUGCGCACGCAAUGAACAGAAAGCGCAGAACCGUAUACUUGCCACCUCGUCUCAGCAUCGAAGUCUCGGGAGCAUUAUACAUGGAUCCGUGCCAGACACACAUCAUCUGCGACUUGAAGUGCAGCAUGAACAGGAGCGCAGGCAACAAAAGCUCGAUCUCAAUGAACUGAAAGAAAAUCUUGAACUGCAGCUCCUCACGUCGAUUGCAGCAGAGGAGCACGCGCGUCUAGGUAGCGACAGGUUAGCGUGUGAAGGCGAAGUACAGCAACAACCGCCAACACCAACCUUUUCGGAGCGGCAGCGCGCCCAAACUCAACAGGCCAUGCUUUCGGAACAGCUCCAACAACUUGCUUUACUUGGAAGCAUAGAUUCCCUCUUCGAGCGUCAUGUCCCGGACUCCCCUCCCAACGGUAGUACUGGAAGCGAAGAGGAUGGAGACUCUUUUGUAUUGCCUUCUUCCUCCUCCUUGCAGCAGCAUCAGAGGGGCAAAAAUACACAAAGGGUGCGAUCCCCGACUCUUAGUGACAAAUGUGAUAAUUAA